AUGGCGGCGCGGCCCCGGAAGCGCGGCUCUGCUCAGGCCAAGUUGCCGCGCGGAGCCGUUUGCGUCGCUGGCGCUGCGAGGGCGGCCCGCGAAGACUCUCUCACGAAUUCCCUAGAGUGGGAUACGGAAGUGGUGCAGGGCUCCUCGCCCUUCUCCGCGCGUCAGGGGGCCGAGGCGCCCGCCGCCGAUGUUCUGUCUGAUAUUGAGAGUGGAGUACUGUAUUGCAGUCUGCGUUACUGCAGUGCUAUUUCUCCCUUCCAUUCGCUCAAGCGCUGCUACUUCCUGGAUUAUUUACUGAGUAUUUACAACCUUUUAUUCUGCGGCUCCUGUGGGGUUGCCAUGGGUUUCCAUCUCUAUUCCACCCAUGCGACGUUUGCUGCCUUGAGAGGUCACUUUUGCCUUUCCAGUGACAAAAUGGUAUGCUACCUCUUAAAAACAAAAGCCAUAGUAAAUGCAUCUCAGAUGGAUAUUCACAAUGUGCCCCUAACAGAAACGAUUGCAGAGCUGAAGGAGAAGAUUCUGCAGACAUACACUCGCUUAAAUUCACUAGUGAAGAUUCUGGAGGAAGCAGCAGUACUUGACGAGUCCAAGGCAGAAAACUGAGCCGGAACCAAGGCCUGCGUACAAGCUUCAGGCUUCAGUGUGAUCGUCAUCCACAACUAGUGCUGCUUGGUCGUUCUCAGGAGUGUGGACUGCAGGCAUGGGGCUGGGACAUGCAGGUGGUUAUUUGCCUCUAGGCUGGUUUUCCAAAUGAUUUAUGAAGCUGUUUAUAGAUGGUAAGAAACCAAGGAGCCUUUUACUAGGGCUUCAUAGCUUUUUGCGGUAACAUAUUUUAGUUUCUCAUCAGAUUCCUCCUAUUUAUUUCUAUAAACUUUUCUGACUCCAAAUUUAGAGACUAGAAUGCAGUGUUCCAUGUGUGCUACAAUCUAGAGAUUGACAGUUGGUCUGAAAAGAGGGUUGUCUUUGUUAUUGGCUAAUAUUAUUCCCACAUACAGCUAUUGUGUAAUGAAUACUGAUAAACCAUUUUUUCCAUGUGAAUAUAAGUACACAUACUCUAGGUAAUAAUCAAUGAUUGGUUAAUAAAACAAUUUAUCUCUU